GAAAAGCUGAUUUGAAACUGUCUUACACCUCUGAGAGGAAAGCAACACCUGAAACCCCAGUCCUGUAACAUGUUUUCACAUACUUUCUAUAAAGGGAAUGAAAUGGAGACAUUGAAGAAAUAUGUAUCAGUGAAAGAUGAAGAACACUUUUAUCAUCAGGGAGCUGUGGAGCUGCUCAUCUUUAACUUUCUACUCAUUCUUACAAUAUUAACAAUUUGGUUGUUUAAAAACCAUCGAUUCCGCUUUCUGCAUGAAACUGGAGGAGCUAUGCUUUAUGGCCUUGUAAUGGGAUUAAUUAUACGAUAUGUGACAAAAUCACCAGAUGUUGAAAGUGGGACUGUUUAUGAGUGUGAAAAACUGAAAUCUGGGCCAUCCACUCUGCUUAUUAAUAUAACUAACCAGGUCUACGAAUAUCAAUACAAAAGAGAGAUCAGCCACCACAAUGUCAAUGGUCACCAGGGCAAUGCAAUGCUUCAAAAGAUGACCUUUGAUCCUUCCAUCUUCUUCAACAUUUUGCUGCCACCCAUUAUAUUUCAUGCUGGAUACAGUCUGAAGAAGAGACAUUUUUUUCGUAACUUAGGAUCAAUUUUAACCUACGCCUUUUUGGGAACUGCCAUCUCCUGCAUUGUCAUAGGGUUGAUAAUGUAUGGCUUUGUGAAGGCCAUGGUACACAUUGGCCAAUUAAAGCAAUGGGAAUUCCACUUCACUGACUGUUUAUUUUUUGGAUCGCUGAUGUCUGCCACAGAUCCAGUGACAGUCCUUGCUAUUUUCCAUGAGCUGAAUGUGGAUACAGAUUUAUACACACUCUUGUUUGGAGAGAGUGUCCUAAAUGAUGCUGUGGCUAUCGUGCUGACUCACUCUAUAUCCAUUUACAGUCCUAAGGAGAAUCCUAAUGCUUUUGAUGCUGCUGCUUUCUUCCAGUCAGUGGGAAAUUUUCUGGGGAUCUUUGCUGGAUCAUUUGCCAUGGGAUCCUCUUAUGCUGUUGUCACAGCUUUAUUGACAAAAUUCACAAAGCUGUGUGAGUUUCCUAUGUUGGAGACAGGUCUGUUUUUCCUGCUAUCCUGGAGUGCCUUCUUAUCAGCAGAAGCCGCUGGGCUAACAGGUAUUGUUGCUGUCCUUUUCUGUGGAGUCACACAGGCCCAUUACACCUACAACAAUCUGUCACCAGAUUCCAAAAUGAGAACUAAACAGUUGUUCGAGUUCAUGAAUUUUUUGGCUGAGAAUGUCAUCUUCUGUUACAUGGGACUCGCACUAUUUACGUUUCAAAAUCACAUCUUCAAUCCUCUUUUCAUAUUUGGUGCACUUAUGGCUAUUUUUGUAGCAAGAGCUUCCAACAUAUACCCACUUUCUUUCCUUUUGAAUUUGGGUCGAAAACAAAAGAUUCCCAGGACCUUUCAGCACAUGAUGAUGUUUUCAGGUUUACGAGGUGCGAUUGCGUUUGCGCUGGCCAUUCGGGACACAGACUCCCAGCCCAAGCAGAUGAUGUUCACCACAGCCCUGCUGAUGGUGUUCUUCACGGUCUGGGUGUUUGGAGGGGGCACCACAGCAAUGCUCACCUGGCUGCAGAUCAGAGUUGGCGUAGAUCCAGAUGAAGAUCUGAAAGCUAGAGCUGCAAGCCAGCACAGUGAUGCACCUAACUUGGAUAAAAAUACAACCAAAGCUGAGAGUGCAUGGCUGUUCAGAAUAUGGUAUGGCUUUGACCACAAAUAUCUAAAGCCUCUCCUAACCCACGCUGGGCCACCUCUCACAUCAACCUUGCCUGAAUGGUGCAACCCUGUGGCCAGGCUUCUUACCAGCCCCAGGGCAUAUGGGGACCAGCUGAAGGACGGUGACACUGUUUAUAUCAUCAAUAAUGAUGAAUUGACUGAAAACUAUGAAUCAUCUGCUCACAUACCAGUGCCAGCACAGGACAGCACAGCCUCCAUCCAGGCUACAGGCAAGGAAGAUAUUCAGGAAGGAGACCUAGGAUUAGGAGGAUACAAACUCCAGCUUCAACACACUGCAGGUCAACCCCAGAAGAAUUCAUUGGCAUGAGCAGUGUAAUGUUAAUCACAAGAAAGAAGACAGAAACAAUGAAACAAAAGAUCCUGUUAUGUAAACCGAGGUCAGAAAAAAUGUACUAAGCACAAAAAUCAAAGAAAAUUUCGAUUUCAGCAACUAAAUGCCUGCUCCUCCCAGGAAAGGAGUUUGCUAUCAUAUCCAUAUAUCUACAACUAUAUGCAGGUUUUAUGACUGUAGCAGUUUUAAGGAUAAAGGCAUAGGGCAGUACCAGCCCACUGUAAAUCCAUUACAGUAAUGUUUUGUCUCAGCGCUUGGUUGUACUGUGCCCCUCACAUGUACACAGGCCUUUGAAUAUCACUUAGAGUAUUCAGUAGGUGGAAAUGGAGAGAAAUAGCUUCCUAACAUUCUUGCUCACAUGAUGACAGCUCUUUUGUACAACUGGUCUUGACAAGAUCCCCACAUAACUACUCAGUAGCUAUUACAUUUAUAAGGAAGAAGCAGAAGAUUCCUUAUCCAAGGAGUGUGUGAUCUGAGUAUGCUUAAAACAUGCAUUGCAGCACCUCAGUCUUGAUAGAUAAAGCCUCAUGCCCACAGUACAGACUCUUCCUGACAUCCAGCCAAAUAUUUGUUUUCUAAAUGCACCUUAUAGCCUGGUCCACAGAGGGUUUCACUAAGCUGCCACAAACUGAACACUGAUACUAGGAGACAUCGAGGUGUAUGAAAUCAGCAACAAACACCCUUCAUGGCAGCACUGAAUGGGCAAAACCACUAUUUAAAACCAGUAGCUGCUCCAAAGGCAUUUGUCAUUACAGCUUGGCAACACACAAAGCUUAAAUGGGGGGAAAGGCUUUGUUUUGAAAGAUCAUUCUGAACAUAUACUUUUAUUUAAGAAUUCAAAUGUUUCUUUUUUUACUGUUUAAGAAGAAUUGUUUCUAAUCAAAUAUUUCUGCUAAACAGUUAUAUCUUCAGACUGCCUGCUCCAAGGAUAAAUUUGUCUGUCUCUCUACUUAUGCUGGGCACUCAAUGUUACACUAGAAAUGAGGACUGUGGUGGUUAGAUACGAAAGAAAAAAAAUCCACACCACACAAGAGAGGUUUCAAAGUGUUCAUUGUUCUGCAUAAAGACAGUAAAUGGAUAACCAGCUGCUCAGCCAUACAUACAGCUGGCUGUCAAAUACUGUGAAGCAUUAGUUCAGAUAGCUUUGGCACACAGCAGAGCUAAGCAGUGCAAAACCAGGGACAGAGCCAGGCUUCUGUUGUUAGAGCUUGUGCCUUUCCUCACAGCAGAGGUUUCAACUAACUAUGCAUGAUGAUGCUCCUACUAAGAAAGUCAAAACAUCAGGAACUUUUAAGGAAGAUCAUUCUUAGCAUAUAAAGAUAAUGGGCAAGAAGAAAUUUGUGAUCUAGAAGGAUAAAAAUCAAACUCUCUCUAUUAAUAUUCCUAAAGAUGAAUAGGUCUUAAUUUCACCAAAAAUAAAACUUAGAAUACAAAUAUAAUCAAUUUUCAGUCAUUAUUUUCCAGUGUAAUUAAUUUCUGGUUAUAUGUGACUCUAGAACAACCAUUUUAAGCAUAAAUUUGAACACAAUGGAGUUGUAUGUGCUGUUACAAAAGAUCAGAAGCUUAAACCAGCAUUUUAUUUUUUCCUAAACUCUAAUCAAGAAUCUUCAAAGGGCCUUAAUCCCCAUGUGGUUUAAAACAAAUAAUAUUCAGGCAUGAUAAGUUCUUGGAACUACUGAAUUUCCAACUCCGUGCUUUGCUUUGUUUAGCUACAUGGGCUGGGAAAAGACAUGCAGCAGCUUGCAAGAAGGGAUGGAGAAUGGGUAAGGAGGGAAGGUUUUGUGGCCAAGUACUGGGAGACAGCAGAGAACAGAGGAAAGAGAAGCAGGCAGACCCGGGAGUGAGGUGAAAAUGUGGCAACACAGCAAGAAGCUCUUGGGGUAGGCGCUAACACCAUCCUGACUUCAGCAGCCAGUUUCAGGUUUCAGCCUCUGGAAGUACUGAGGGCAUGUCACCAGGCUUACUAAAUUUCUUGAGAAGCAUGGAUUCCAGUCCUUAGAUUAUACUGGAAAUCAAUAAAGUGCUGUAGCAUAACGAAGAUGCAAAGCUGUUUUUCACAACUGCAACAUGAACUGGAAAUUACAAGCUCUUCAAUAGUUUUGCUCUUAGAUUCUACUCUGAAAUGCAUCCAGCAGCAUACUGUACAGGGGCUUACUGAUUGAUUUAUUCAUUGUGCCCAUGUCCAGGCUUCUCACAUUUGUACAAUGAUAAAUGGAGAGCUCUGGGGUCUGAAAUUCUGUUUAUAAAAAAAGUCUGCAGCGAAUACUUUUCACACUGUUCUACCCCUAUGCCUUAAAGGGCUACUUUACUUGGUAAAGAAAGUCAUCCCUUAUGACAGACAAGUCAUACUUCACAUAUCACAGGUCAGAUCUUUGUGCUAAGACUACCAAAGAGGCUGAAUCAGUGGUCCCAGCAGGAAGGGUAUUUAUCAUCUGGGAUCAUGCUUAGCAACCAAAGUAUCAUUGGCUUUUAGGAAAAUUAGCAAUAUGAGCUGCAAGCAAACCUGAAGCUUCCGCUAAAUUGCAAUAAGAGUCCCAAUUGUCUAUUACACUCACCAUUUCCCUAUUUUAAGAUACUCUUUUCAUGACACAUAGCUCAAGACAGUAACAACAUUAGAACAAAUGACAUAUUUGUAUUCAAGAAAAAAUUACUGACAGCUAGUAAUUCUGCAUGACUGUUUAAACAGAGUAAUGAAUGUUAAGAGAGGUCUUCAAUGUUAAUUUACAGUUUAUACACUGGAGAUUUAAACUACUCAAUAUCACAGAGUGUGUGUCUGAAUGUGCAAGUUAUUCAUUAUAAAUAUGAGGCCAUUCCUUCUA